UCGAACACCCUCAAGAUUGACGGGCUCUAUCUCUGCAAAGUUUGACAACCCGGAUGGUUUAUUCCGACAAUUGUCAAGAACUGUGAUUUCGCCAGACAGGUUACACAAAAAAAGCUAGGACCAUGCCUUUAUUUCAUCCAAUAUUUCUGUUUGUUCUGGUAAGCUUCCAAGCAUGCUCCUCUACACACAGCCAGGAGGCUGCCUCCAACAUGGCCCCACCAGAGGCCAUGGAGUAUAACAGAACUGUCUAUGCAACCUGCAAAAUGAGACCCAGCACCAAACUAGGCGAAGGUCUACCUAACGUGUAUGGACAGGUGCUGUUCAAGCAGGAAUACCCUGAGGGAAGCCUCAAAGUCCUCUUUCUUCUCCAUGGUUUCCCAAGUGACAGUGAUCAUCAGUCAAAAGCCAUCCACAUCCACCAGUACGGGGAUUUCAGCCAGGGCUGCGAUUCCACAGGCGGCCAUUACAACCCUUACAGGGUCCCCCAUCCCAGCCACCCGGGGGACUUUGGGAACUUUGUGGCCCACCAGGGGAGGGUUCACAAGUUGACUGAAUCAAAGGCCACUCUGUUCGGGGGGCUGUCGGUGCUUGGGCGGGCGGUGGUGGUGCAUGAGAAGGCAGACGACCUAGGGCAGGGCGGGGAUGCGGGGAGCCUGCUACAUGGUAAUGCUGGGCGGAGGCUGGCAUGUUGCACCAUCGGGAUGAGCAGUCCCAAACUGUGGGAUAAGCACCAUCAUCGACAGCAGAGAAGAAGGGGAUGAGAAUCGUAGUUUAUUCUUCCCUUUUCUUUCUGAGCUCACCAUCUUUCAUCGCAAGACAACUUAAUUUCAUUUCUUUAAUUUUAUCCAGAUCUAAAAUUACAAAAAUGUUUUCUUCUCUUUUAAAGUCAUGUUUCUUUUAUUUUAAAGGGAUAGGACAGGUUUACCAUAGCUGAUAGCAAUUCAUGUAUCUUGUAUUAAACUUUGAAAAGACCUUUAUUGAAA